AUGAUUUUGUUUUUCUUCUUUUUUGUAGACAAUGCAGAUGCAAUGAAUAUAAAGCAGAAAACUAUUCAUCACAUAAACAAAUAUGCAAUACAAGGUUUGCGGACAUUAUGCAUGGCAAAACGGGUUAUUAGUCCUGAGGAAUAUGAAAAUUGGGUUAGAAAACAUACAUUUGCAGAAUCAGCACUUGAAGACAGGGACCAAUUGUUAUUGGAAUCCGCUAAUCGUAUUGAGAAAGAUUUUGAACUUUUAGGUGCUACUGGAAUUGAAGAUACAUUACAAGAUGGAGUUCCAGAGACAAUUGAUAGUCUUCGAAAAGCAGGAAUCAAAGUUUGGGUAUUAACUGGUGAUAAGGAGGAAACUGCUGUUCAAGUGGCUUAUUCAACAAAAUUAUUUUCAAGCAAUCAAGUUGUGAUCACAAUAACAGGAGAAGACCAAAACACAAUUAUUGACAGGUUGAAAUCUGAUUUACAACAAAUUAGGAAUGAUAAUGACAUUGGUUUGGUGAUCGAUGGCUGUACUCUGGCUCAUGCUUUACAAAAAGAAUGCAGAAAAUAUUUCCUUGAAUUAGCAGUGAAAUGUAACUCUGUUGUAUGUUGCCGUGCAACACCACUUCAAAAGGGGGAUGUUGUCAGAGUAAUAAGAGAUGAUCUGAAAAAAUUAACUCUUGCUGUUGGUGAUGGUGCCAAUGAUGUCAAUAUGAUUCAAACUGCUGACAUAGGAAUUGGUAUCUCAGGUCAGGAAGGAAUGCAAGCAGUGAUGGCAUCUGAUUUUGCUAUGGCUAGGUUCCGAUUCCUUGCACGGCUCCUGCUGGUACAUGGCCACUGGUGCUAUCACCGAUUUACUCAUUUCAUCAUUUUCAUGUUUUAUAAAAAUCUUGUUUCUACAUUUGUAUUGUUUUGGUAUCAGUUGUUCAGUGGUUUUUCUGGUUCCUUGCAAAUGGGCAGCAUCUUUCUGGUUUUAGAACAUGUCCUAUUCACUUCAUUACCCCCUAUUCUCAACGGCAUCCUUGACAAGGACCUGACAUCUAACAUUUUGCUUUCUUACCCUCAUCUCUACAAACAAGGACCAAAAGGGCAGUUAUAUACUAAAUGGACAUUCCUUGGGACCAUAUUAGAUUCUCUUUAUCAAAGUGUUGCUAUGUAUUUUAUUGCACAUUUGGCCUAUAUGAAUAGUAGUACAGGAAUUUGGGAAUUUGGAACUACAAUUAUGGUCUCUCUCAUCUUUAUCAUUUAUUUGCAUCUUGGCAUUGAAACUUAUUCUUGGACAUGGAUCCAGUGGUUCCUCAUGAUUUUAAAUUUCCUCUUCUUUUGGUGUUGCAUGAUUGUCAUUCAUGCAUUCUGUAUGAACUGUGAGCAAUUAUCUAAUCCUUAUUGGGUGAUGGAGAAUACACUUGCCACGCCUACACAUGUCCUUACUGUUGUUAUCACUGCAGCUUUUGCUUUACUACCAAGAUUUCUUUAUAGAGUCUUGCAAUGGACAUUCUGGCCUACUGAUGUUAUCAAUGCAAAAAUCCAAACUAAAUUCCAAAAUAGAGAGCUACCUUUAGAAGAAGAAAUAGAUUUACCUGAAAAUCCCAAACCAUUCCUAAGAGGAACACAAACCUGGUCUCCAAACAGUGCUAGAUCUCAUUACCUCUAUCAAGAGAGCAAACCCAUAAGCAAAGUGAAAAUAACUUCAAUAUCCCAUAGAAUAUGA